GAGGCUCUCUCUCUCUCUCUCUCUCUCUCUCUCUCUCUCUCUCUCUCUCCCCUACACAAUUCAAGCUCUGCGCGCUCUCUCUCUCUCCGCGCGACCAUGCUUUCAGGGGACAUUCCACCGAACCAAACCAUAUACAUUAAGAACCUCAAUGAGAAAAUCAAAAAAGAAGAAUUGAAGAGGUCCCUCUAUUGCUUAUUCUCUCAAUAUGGAAGGAUUUUGGAUGUUGUUGCCUUGAAGACACCCAGGCUUCGGGGGCAAGCAUGGGUUGCAUUUCUAGAAGUGGCUUCUGCUAGUAAUGCUGUGCGGCAGAUGCAAAACUUUCCGUUUUAUGAUAAACCCAUGCGGAUUCAAUAUGCCAAAACAAAGUCAGAUUGCAUUGCUGAAGCAGAAGGAACCUUAGCUCCAAAAGAAAAGAAAAGGAAGCAGGAAGACAAAGCUGAAAGAAAGCGGCGAGGUGAUGAAGGGCAACAACCUGCUACUGAAACUGGUGCAGCUGCUGAAAAUGGAGGCAGAACGGCCCCAUCCCGCCAUGGUAACUCAAAUGCACAGGAAGCAGCAGCUCCGAACAAUAUUCUGUUCAUUGAGAAUUUGCCCCACGAAACCACUAGCGAUAUGCUCGAACUGCUCUUCAAACAGUUUGCAGGGUUUAGGGAAGUCAGGAUGAUUGAUGCAAAGCCAGGCAUCGCCUUUGUAGAGUAUGAAGAUGACAUUCAGUCAUCGAUCGCCAUGCAGGCCCUUCAAGGCUUCAAAGUCACCCCUCAAAACGCCGUUGCCAUCACUUUUGCCAAGAAGUAACCGAAAAUUACAGUUCCUAUUCUCUGUAGUCGAGUGUUGUUUCGUUGCGGAUAUGUAAUAGUUGAACAGUUGUUAAUCUUACUGUGCUCAUGCUGAUCCUCAAGAAACUAAAUGCAGAAGCAAUUUAUCAUAUGUUUGGAUUCAUAUGUAAUCGGAGUAUUGAACCUAAAUACAUGAGAACUGGGUUUUGUUGAUA